AUGUUCUCGAUUGCGGCCACUAUCGCCCCGCGCCGGCUCGCGCUGCUCCCCCAGAGCCUUAUCUCGCGAGAUGACGCAUCCGAGAUCCUCGGCAGCAUCAGCAUGGCUGCCUUCCUGUGCCUCCUGCUGCCACAGCUCGCUGCGAACUACAGGUUGAAGAGCGCCGACAGCUUGUCGAUGGCCUUUCUCUUCAUUUGGCUCCUUGGCGAUGUGACCAAUCUGUUGGGUGAGAAGCCCCGGGGUCUAGCCAACCACAUUGCCCCGGCAAGCAUCGCGGUGACGGGCUAUCUGUGCUUCUCGGACUCCACGCUCAUCUGCCAGUGCCUUUACUACAACUCCAAGCAACGGCUUCGUGGUUCUCAACGGUCAGGUCCGACGACACCACAGUCUCCGGAGUGUCAGCCGCUUCUUGGUCCCUCGUCCUCGUCCCGAGACAGACGAGCAUCUGACCGCACUCAAGACGACGAGACUAGCAGCGGUCCGGCCGUCCCGCAUCAGGAAGGCAAGGAGAUCCCCGUGGAAGCCGUACGGACUCUCCACGACUGGCGAUUCAACUUGGCUUGCAUCUUGGCAGUACAGAUCCUCGGAAUCACCGGUUGGUUCGUACUCCGCGCAUUGGGUCUACUUGGAAACGACGAAUCUCCCGGAAGCGUGGGCGUCACCGACAUUGACGGCAUUUCUCACUCUCUCGGCUCGGCCCUUGGCAUCAUCGGCGCCAUCUGCUAUCUCUGUGCCCGCAUUCCCCAGAUCAUCAAGAACUACCGAGGGAAAUCCUGCGAGGGCAAGUCGACACACCCAGGUGCUGUAUCGUAUCACUGGCGCUAA